GAAGCCUGCCAAUCCAUCGUGAUGAAAAGGCCAAGAAGCGCAUUGAUGGGCGGCCAAGGUUGUCAAAGAGUUGACCGUUAUCGCAGGCUCCCUACCCUCAUAAAAGUCGUCAUUGGGCCUGAUCUCACUGCUCUCUUCAUCGCCUACCAUCAUUUCCUUGCCACUGAUCUACUACUAUGUCGUAUCACACCUCAGAAGAUCGCAAGCAUGUAGACCAACGACGCACCAGGAAACCCGAAGACGCUAUCCCAAAGGUUCGCAAGACUAAGGAUACAGACAACGUGGAUUCCGAAGAGGAGUUUGAUCCUAAGGAAUAUCUAGACAGCCCCUCCAACUAUGACAGGUUCACAAGUCGUGGACCGCAGGAUGACCAUCUGAAACGAAUCCCGCAGUCAUCGAAGCCGCAACAAUCUCAGAACUGGUCAAAUCCUCCUAGUCAACAUCAAGGCACGAGGUAUGUUUGCAUCAGACCAAACGAUCCGUACGUUGAAAGGGUGUGCAGUAGGCAGCCACAUCGUCAAGCCGAUCCUGCCCGCUACUCUUAUGGACAACACGCACCUGCACAACAUGCUUCCUCACAACAUGCUUCCUCACAACAUGCUUCUUCACAACGUCCCCCCGCACACCACUCUCCUGUACAGUAUGAUCCUGCGCAAUAUUCUUCCCCACAACAUGCUUCCUCACAACGUCCCCCCGCACACCACUCUUCUGUACAGUAUGAUCCUGCGCAAUAUUCUUCCGCGCAACAUUCUUCCGCGCAACGUCCCCCCACACACCACUCCCAUGCACAGCACGCCCCUGCGCAAGUUCUUCCCGCACACCACUCUCCUGCCCACCACUCUUCCGCGCAACAUUCUCCAGCACAGCGUCCCCCCACACACCACUCUCCUGCACAGUACGCACCCACACAACAUUCCCCCGCACACCACUCUCCUGCACAGUACGCACCCACACAACAUGCUUCCGCACACCACUCUCCUGCACAGUACGCCCCCGCGCAACAAGCCCCCGCCCACCACUCUCCUGCGCAGUACGCCCCUAUGCAACAUGCCCCCGCACACCACUCCUCUGCACAGUAUCCCCCUGCGCAGUACCCCCCUGCACAUUACCCCCCUGCACACUACCCUCCUGCACACUACCCACCAACUCAACCAGGGCGAAGGUGAAGAAUGGUUCGGGAUUUGGGGCUCAUCAUUCGUACUGCGACUCUUCAUGUGUCAGAUGUACCAUUAGCAUAUGCGUUCUACUUAUCUCAAACAUGUACAACAUAAGAAAGGUGGUACAUUGAUUAGUACUUAUCCUGCCCGAC